GCCCUUUGCGUAAAGAGUCUGUCAGGUGGUGAUUGGAGGGCUUUAUAUUGAACAUCAGGUAUCCAGUCAAGCCUCCUAUUUGUUCCACACUCCACAAAUUGAACAUUUAAAACUUAUUUUAAUGGACGUUUUUACAUAUUUGUAAAAAAGAGAUGCAAGACUUUUUUCUUUUAAACAUUAGAGUAAACCAGAACACAAAUAAACCAAUUUCUCAGGAGAAAUCAGUCGAUUUAAUUGAUCCCAACUGUACUUUAAAGGACAAAAAAAAAAAAAAUACAUGUACUCUUUGAUGGUAUUUAACAUGAAACCUUUUUUUUAACGCUGUUUGCUAAUUAUUCCCCAACUUGUCCAAAGUUUUCCAUCAGAGCUUCACAACAAAUGCCUGUCCCUUUAAGACGACGUGUUGAGGAGUUCACGUCGGGGUCACUAGAAGUUCCUGCCCUCGAUUUUACCUUUUAGUUUUAUUAUAGACUGACAUCACAUGGGGCGCUAAAACACUUUAGGCGCACAGAGGCUCCAUUAUCAUCUCGGUCCGCGUUAUUGAGCAAACUCAAAAAUAGCUCAGGAAAUUAAGGCAGACAGCAAAAGAAAAAAGAGAAAAUGAUGUGUGAGCAGGUAUGUACGAAUAUAUAUAUUUUUCUUUAAGAAGAAGGAAGAGAGGAGGGACAGUGAGAGACAGUGGGAGGAAAAAAGUGGGUGGGAGGGGGACGGACCCAAGGAGCGAGAAGAAAUUCAUAUCAAUUAAUAAUCAUAAAAAAAAAAGAAGAGAGAGAGAGAGAGCUGGCAGACGCACUCGGAAAACUGGCAUGGGUUUUUGGAGGCUGGCAGUUUAACGCUGAAACGUCAGAUAUGACUCUCAGAUACUGCUGAGAUGAUCAUUAAGGGAGACUUAGAUCGGAUGGCAGAAGACAUCGGGCAUGCAGGUGUUGGACUGAAGACAAUGCUGGAUGCCAUGGAAGUUCCAAGUCAUGCUAGGGAUCUCCUCCUGCAGCUUAACAGCCAGCGCACCAAAGGCUUUCUGUGUGACGUCAUUAUUGUGGUGCAGAACGCCCUCUUCAGAGCUCACAAGAACAUUCUGGCUGCCAGCAGCCACUACUUGAAGUCCUUGGUGGUCCAUGACAAUCUCAUCAACCUCGACCACGAGAUGGUGAGUCCAGCAGUCUUCAGGGUCAUCCUCGACUACAUCUACACAGGGCGCCUUAGUGAAGGAGACCCCACCUGUCCAACUGAACCCAAUCUAGGUGCUGUCUUGGCUGCAGCUAGCUACUUGCAGCUGCUCGACUUGGUUGCUUUGUGCAAAAAGAAGCUGAGAAGAAAUGGGAAGUACCCUCCACGUCCAGGUCCUGCCUUUCUACCUUACCCAAAAAUGGGGCCAAGUAGCAUGGGUUUAGUUGGAGGAAGGUAUAGGGUUUCUACACCUGUGAUUCAGUCCUGCCCUCCAGGGGGAAUUCUUAAUACACCCAGGGCACCAUCACUGGAGGAGCUGGUUCCUCAUCGAAUAACCAUUCAUAGUGGUGAGUUGUAUGCUCCUACUUCCAACCAGACCUCUCAGGUGUUUCCAUCUCUGCCUGCCCACCUGGGACGCCCAGUCCACUCUGAGAGGAACUGCUCCCCGAGCUUUGGCCUUGAUCUUUCUAAAAAAAGCCCCACCUCCCAGUCUCAGCUCCCUCCCUCUCAAACCCAUCUGGCAAACAGUCACAGCAAUGAGGAGCGGGAUGGGACGCUAAGUGGAACGACCAGUCCCGUUCCAGGGACAAAUGGGAGAGCUUUUGUGUCAGAAAAAAUGGAAUCUGCUGACCAGUCAGGUUCCCUCACUCCUCCACCAUUUCCCCACCUAAAUCAGCCUUUAGCUCCCCAUCUCCCUCAUCUGCAUCGCUCAGGUUCCCAAGGAACAGACCGCUAUGCAUGCCUUGCCAGCCCUGAAACCCCGACAGAAGGUGGAGAGGCAGGAAGAGAAAUGGGAAACAUCUACCGCUGGGUGAAACAUGAGCCACUGCCAUAUGCUGGUGAAGAAGAAGAUGAGGAUGAGGAUGAAGAGGAAGGGGGUGAAAAUGGAGACCAGCAUCACAACCAUCACAAGCCAGGGGAUGAGAGUGAAGGAGUAGAUGACAAGAGCGGCUCCGGUACAGAGGAGACAGGCAGCAGCGAGGGUCGCCCAUCCCCUACUGGACCAAUUGGGAGAUUCCACAUGCCUUAUGAGCCGGAAAGCUUCGGGGACAAUUUGUACGUUUGUAUUCCCUGUGAUAAAGGCUUCCCAAGCUCAGAACAGCUCAAUGCACAUGUGGAGACGCACACAGAAGAGGAGCUGUAUGGCAACUCUGGUGGGGAGAUGGGAAACAGUAAGGACAGUGUCACCAAAGGCAUAGGCAGUACCACAAAUGGUUACGGAAGCCUCAACAGCAGCAACACUCCGAACAGUAUGUCACAUCUGGAGAGCAAAUCUGACCAGGGGCUGAAUUCAGGAACCAUUGGGGAGAUGAUUAGACCUUAUCGCUGUUCCAACUGCGAAAAGUCUUACAAAGAUCCAGCCACCUUGCGCCAACAUGAGAAGACCCACUGGUUAACGCGGCCUUACCCCUGCAGCAUCUGUGGCAAGAAGUUCACACAGCGUGGCACCAUGACACGCCACAUGCGAAGCCACCUGGGCCUCAAGCCUUUUGCCUGUGAUUCCUGUGGGAUGCGCUUCACUCGCCAGUACCGCCUCACCGAGCACAUGCGUAUCCACUCUGGGGAGAAGCCCUAUGAAUGUCAGGUGUGUGGGGGCAAGUUCGCCCAGCAGCGCAACCUCAUCAGCCACAUGAAGAUGCACAGCGGUGGGGGAACAGCAGGGGGGCUGACCGCAGAUGGGAAACUGAAGCUGGACUUUGCAGAGGGCAUAUAUCCCCUGAGCAAGUAUGCAGCAGAGCACCUGGGGCUGAAGCAGGAGAAGGCCAAUGAGCUUCUCAUUCAAGCGCAGCAGCAACUGGUGGCAGAUGCCAAGGCCCUAGAAAGCCUCUACCCGCUAACCAAACUGGCAUCAGAGCAUCUGGGCCUUACCCAUGACAAGAUGGACAUCAUGGGCCAACCACUGCCUCCUCCUUCACAGCCAAUCUCUGACAGCCGAACCAUUGACCGCUAUUCACCUAGCUAAGACAUUUGAUAUGCGUAGGUGGCAAUCACAGACAGGUCUGCAUGCGCUCACAGUUUGCAGUAUCCGAAAGCCAUUCACCUCAACUCCAGAUCUUCCUCUGCACUUCAGAUUCAGGCCAAGUGGACCUGGCCUGCUCAUGCACACCAAACUGUGUAGACUGUAAGUGCCUUUCUAUGCAUCUAAUGUAUCCUUAAAGUCCUCCUUCAUAAAGGAGCUCAACUUUCUGUGACCAAGUGGACACUCAUUUAUAGAACUUCAGUAUUUAAGUACAGUCUAUGCAAUGAAACAUGUUUUUUUUAAAUUCCAGCCAUUGAGCCAUAGUGACUAAGUCAAAGUCAAAACCAAAAUGAAAUUGUUUUAUUUAUUUUUGUAUAUGAUAAAAAUCCAAAGAAAACAUGUUGCAAAGACACUUUGAAAUCUGACCCUAAACCUGUGUGCUAUUCAUCUAUGUAUAUAAAAAAGAAGAAGCACAUAAGAACCAAUAUUCAGGGCUGUUUAGACCUGAGCAGAACUUUUGCCACAUGAAAAAGCAACUUACCUGGAUAUUUUGUACAAUAUUGGGGUACGGGAUACUUUGUGUGUCUUGAUUCUUACUUGUUCUCCCCCUUUAUGUGAAAUAACUGAAAUAUAAUGCCUUACUCUCUGACUUUUCAUCCCACUCCCCUGGGUGUUUUUGUGUGGAUAAACGCUCAUCCUUUAUCUGACAGCAGUGGUGGCUUAAUCGGCUUUACACCAAGCUUUCAACCACUCUUGAGCUAAAACUUCCUCUAUGGUGUGACAAAUGGUCCUUAGCUUUCAGCUGUUUUGGAGAUGCAGUGAGCAAAGCCUUGUGAUCUCAUAAGUGAGACGCUAUUGCACAUACCCAGCUGAUGACACACUAAUCCCUGUUCAUGACGAGCGCAGCUCCGACUCAUGGGUGUUGGUUCCUGCUUUUGUGGAAACAGCUCGGCAGAGAGGCAGAGACUGGAGAUAAAUUAAUGAUGAAGAAGUCUGUCAUUUAGUGACAGAAGUUGUUUCUAUAUUUAUAAUAUGUUGAUGUAUAAGAGUGGAGGAGGUGGUGGUAAGAGGCCUUGUUGUGGACACUUCUUUAUUCUAGGCUUGAGCUGAUUACCAGUAUCAAGGUGAACAAAUGUUUACACAAUUUAAAACAUUUUGCACGGACAUUAUUUUAAUUUGACCAGCAUGUUUCUUCUGACUAAAAGUAAUAAUAACUUCUUGGACAUCAUGUUAUACAUCAAAAUUUUGGGUUCAGUAUUGAGAAUCUGUGGUAUUUUUAAUCAAUAUAAUAUUGUCAUAAUACCCAUAAUGGCUCAUGGCUACUUCACUCCAUAAUCAUCCCUCUUAUUUGUUGUUUGAAAGCCCCUUAGUGUUGUAGUGGCCGCUGGCCUUAAAAGCACUCCUAACUUAGAGGGAUGUUCACUUUGCACACAGCAGGCUGCUAAUCUGUCAGCAAAAAGAUCUGAAGAAAGCAGUCUGUUGCGACUCUUCCCUGGAAGCACUCCCCAGCUGCUGUACUCCAGUAAAUCCCUGUGAAAUUCCACUUUCUCCUGGACAAUUUGCACUUGCUUGCCGGCAUGAUGCCCCAUUUCACGCCUGCCAUCUCUCUCCUGUGAUCCACUAUUAAAUGUUACAUCCAAGCCCAGCAAGUGUCUCCUGGCCUCGCCUCUCUGCCCUGCUCACACCAAAGUUUAGAUAAAUGACAUUUAUUUCCUGACCAAGAGUUCUUCUAACUUGAAAACACAAAGAGCACUUAAAAGGUUGUGGUUUGAAGGCACAUUUUUGUCUACAAGUCUUUCUACCAAAUAACAUGUUGGCUUUUUUGUUUCUUUUCUUAGUUACGAGUCCUUGAUUUAGAUUAGAAAAAUUUGACCACUAUAGUGCCAACGUCAACCUCUGGAGGUGAAUGUGAAGACUAAAGCCAUAAGUACACUGUGACAGACGUAGUUAUUCUGAAAGUCUUAAAAGGAAUAAAAUUGCCUCACUUGUGAAUAUGUAUUUUCUUUAUGUAACAAUAAUUUAAGUGCUUCUCUUCCGGUAGCAUAUGAUCAUAUCAAACAUGUUUUAUCUUGUGACUUUCUGUUCUUUUCUUCUUUUUGAUUUGUGGUGCACUUAAGAAAACAAACAAACAAAAAAAAAAACUGGUGCUUACCUCAGGACUGAACCCAGCUACCCUUUUGUAAACCUUAGCUCAAAAAUAUUUUCCCCCAUCAAAAAUACACCUUUUCACUCUUUGCUAACAGGGUAGUAGUCCCUGUUUAAACCUGUGGUUUUUCUUUUGUUUAAAUGUUACUUUUUAAUAGUUUUAUGGUGAAGAGAUUACAUGUGAUGCUAUGUAUUGUUUUUCAUAUAUAGUUUCUGUUAUGUCAUCCUCAAAGAGGUUUUGUUUGACAUGUUUUAUUUCUACACCUUUAGAGGCUGUAAAUGUUUGUGAUUUUUUUAAUAACUGGGUAUACACAGUUUGCAUUGUUAUUUUAUUUUUAGCCACAUGUACGGCAAUAUCUAGGUGACAAGUGCUGUGUUUUGAAAUAUCUUCCCUACCCACAAGAAGUGAUGCUUCAUCAGCAUUUCCUUAAACAGACUAUCAUUAUCUCAGAACCUAACCUCACAUUGCUUGGCCCCUUUCUCUCCUGAAGAUGGUGAACGUUUGACAUGACAAAGCUUGUACUUGCUCAGAGGCACGCAGGAAGUCUGCUUGUUUUUGGUUGGUUGGUGCUUAAUGUGUAGCUCUAUGACUAAAAAGUAUAAAACAACUGCUCAAAGGGCACUUACUGGUAGAAAGAACAUGCUCCAUCUGCAUGUGGUGUAAAAUGUAGGAAAAAGCGGAUGUGAGUCGUGGGAAUUUGUGGGUCCUUGUGAAAAUCUUAUUCCUUGCCAGCACCACCAAAAUAACACGAAACGGUUCCACUUCAAAUCUGUGCUGAGGGGAAACAGAAAGAUAAUGCUUGAAUCUGUUUUUUAGAGUACCCACUAUUUUGAAUUGGCUUUAUUAAUUCAUUAAUGGGUACAACAGUUGGCAAGGCCAAGCAUCUAUAGGAAGGGGAAAUAUUUACUUGUUUGUUUGUCUGUCACCGUGCUAUCAGAGUGUAAGAUGGGCUGUUUAAUACAUGUCCUGGGAAUAGAGUUGGUGUGAAGGAGAAGAGCCGAGGAGCAGGAAGUGAACUUUUGGCUGGUGAGCCGCGCUGAGCAGGAUGUGCCGUGUGUUUCUGCUCACAAGCAGAUAUGGGGAGGGAAAGAAGCAGGGAGAGCGCAGCAGGGUGGACAUCGGCCAUUGUCUCAGAAUGAAAGCCUGCUCGUACUUCUAAAACUCUGAAUUCAGAAAACGAGUGGACUGUAUCUUCUCUGUUCCUUCCUCUUCUUGCUCUUUGGGAAUAAACCUUUGGUCAGUGUCACAGUGAUUGUUGGCUUUAGGAGCUGCACAGCAACCCUGACUUGAGGAUGAGAUGAAUCUUUUUUUUUUGCGCUUGCUGUUCAUGUCUGAAAUGUUACCCUAUUUAUCUUUAUAGACACAGUCAAGUUUAGUUGUGUAGCAGCCACAAUCUCGAAUGUAUUGGAUUUGGGAUUUUAAGUGAGACCCUUGCAGUACAUAAUUGUGAAGUGGAAUGAAAUACAUGCUCUUUAACAUUUUCCCCCCUAACAGUCCCCCUAACUUGCUGAUGUUUUCUAUUUUCUGACUUUUUAUCUUCUUUAUAAGUUUUAUCUUUACUUAAUAUAAGUAUUAUCACAUAUUCUCAACUAGGAUUUUUGUCUGGAUUGAACCCUUUUGACAUUUGAAUAUGCUUUGAUCUAAAUCACUUUGCAACUCGGGGUGUAUGGUUAGGGCCGCAUCCUGCCCACUCUUAAGUCUUUUGCAGCCUUUAACAGUUUUUUCCCCAGAAUUGUCCUGUCUUCAGCCUCAUCCACCCCAUCAGCUUUGAACAUCUUCCCUGUCUCUGCCGAAUAAAAACAUCUACACAGCAUGCUACUUCCAUCAGCGGUCCCUACAGCGGUCCCUACAGCAUAGCUGAACUGUAUUUAGGGGUGUCAGAAUAAAGUAGCUAAAUACAAAUGCACCCCACACCUUUUGUAUUUUUAUUUGUAAAAAUGUUUAUAGAUUAUGCAUACUUUUCCUUCCACUUCACAAUUAUGCACUACUUUGGUUUAAUCAGAUACCAUCCAAAAUGAAUACAUACGAGGUUGUGGUUGUCAGACGACAAAAUGUGAAAAGGUUCAAGGGGUGUGAAUAGUUUUGUGUGGCAUUGUAAAAAUGUUGCAAAUUUCAUGUUGCUCCGAAAGUAUUAUGUAAAGCAACAAUAAAAAUUUAGGCAUAUUUAUUUUUCUCUGUGGGUGGCUAAUUUAGUCACAGUCAAAUUAAAACAGCCUCGUUUCAAUUUACUGAUGUAGCCCCAAGGGAUUUUAUGCCAUAUGCCUCCGUUAAUGUUAUUUACAUGACACGCCAACUGAGAAAACCUCUCAGGGCCCCCCAUAAAGGUUUAGAUUAAGAUGUUUUGAAAUUUAUUUAAUCGGUUCUUAAAAACCCAUUUGUACUCAUAUGAAGUAAAAUAAAGGAAAAAGUACAGGGGAAGGUUUUAAUAUGCGAACCCUUUAACUUUUCUACCAGCAUAACAGGAAAAGAUUAUAUGACAAGCUGAGUUCUCCUGCGCUCAUAACGCUGUUUAACUUUUAUUAGAUUUUAAAGUGUUUGCUAAAAUGACUGAAGCACUUAGCAGACAUGACAGAUGUAAAAGCAAAACUAAACUAUAAUUUUUCAGACUUUCACAAGUCAAACUGUGAAACUUAACCAAGCUAAGCCUCUGACCAUUUUGACAUUGGUGAAUGUCAUCUAUCAAAUCAUGACUGUGCUGUUUGUUUCUAAUCAAUUUAAUUCCUUGAAUGAUUUUCAUACAUUGCAUUUGGGCAAAUUUUAUUCAGCAUUUGUGAGUAAAAAAAUAUACAGAUUUAACAGCAAAAAUGCACUUAAAUAAAUUGUGAUCAAUUUUAAUAAUGUAUUUAGAUAGAUUAGUUAAAUUUUACCUAACUGAAAUUGUGUUGCUCGACCGAUUUGUCCUUCCAUGCAAAAUAUAGAACAAAGAAAAAAAGAAUGGUUUCUGAUUAGCAAAUAAAACAUUUAACAUUUAUUCUAACAAGGUGAAUUAUAAACAUAACCUCCACUACCUUAGCUGCUCAUCUGUAAUAAAUGCUUCAGAGAAACUCUGCUUGCUAGCCAGUUUAACUUUAGUAACAGCGUAAUCAUUAAAUUAGCCAAAGCUGGAUACAAAAUGUUUACAUGUACUCUACACAAGGUGGCAUAUAAAGCUUUUCCCUAACAACCUCAACAUUUGCUGUCCAUUAACAAUGACUGCAUCAAGGGUAAGAAGCUCAGUUAGCUAGCACACUUGACUUUAGCAUUGCAAAACCAACUAUAGGCGGAUACAAACUUAAAUUCUUGCUCCAACACUGAAACUUUCUCGAUCACAUUUCUAAUGUCAGUUCUAAGCUUUUACUCAGUUGAUAUUGAUAAUGCAAUAAUAAUAAUUUGAACCAAUCAGCUUACUGGUCUAUGCUGGCAAGCAGUUAUCAAAGUAAAGUAAAAUUGUUAUAAUGAACAUUACAUUUACAAACUUAAGAAUAAAUAUUUUUACUAGCUAAUAUUUAAAACCUUCCAAAAAUCACUUUAUACUGUAUGGUAUGGCCAUGCUGUAUCAAUAAUCGUGUCUUAUUUUGAGUCUUUACAGAUAAAUAUGCCUUAAUUAGUAAAUCAUCCCAUAAUAAUUCAUAUUAUUGUAUUUAUAUGUAAAGGUAUCUGAUGUAUUCACUUAAUGCACCCAUUCAACUAUAUGUCAUGCCAGCCCCAUGGCUCAGCACCAUGAAGAACAAGUUCAAUAUUUGACACUUUCAAGAGUCUUCUUUACAAACAGCUGCUAUUGAUUUAUAUCCUCCAAAUUGCUCUUUUCUUGGAAACAAAGGAAUUGCUGUAUUGUGAUAAAAAAAAAAAAAAGACCAUAUUACACUUAUAGCUUUCCCAUGAAGUCCCACAAUCGCCUUCCCUCUGGUACUUUGCUUCCAUUGCUCUCCUCCUUCUCUUCCUCCCGCCGGUGCACAGCUUGGCUGUGCUGCCCUUUUACCCUCAGAGAGCGCAGCUUCCCGCUUAACCUCGCUCUGCCCUCCUCCUCUCCUGUUAUCCGCUUAACUUCCAGCUGUUUUUCAUGCAGAAGACGAGGGUUGUCUAAAUGUUUACGUGAAGAGCUACUUUCUUUUUCUUUUGGUCCUGAUCGAUUACAAAAUGAACUUUGAGGCAUGUUUAAAGAAAGUGCAAACCGAUGGGCCAAAAAAGUAUCUGACGCUGUUAUUAUAUUCGAUUUAAGCCAAGAAACAGCAUAGGAACGAGAAGAUUAAAGAUAGUCUACUGUUGUAGAGGAAAUGCAGAAUAAUGUGAGGGGAAAUGUUCAGGGGGGAAAUAUGCUCAGAAAGAUGCCAGUAAAGUAAACAUGUUUGAAAUUGCACAACUGAGUUGCGCCUUGACUGCACCAGCCAAGUCAUGCGCUAAGAUGGAGAGAACAAGUAAAAGGAGAAGGUUGAGAGUGAAAAAGAAAUAGAAACAGAGAAGAAAAACAGUUUGUACAUAAUGGUCAUACCUGUCUUUGAGCUCACCAUAAAGAUUUUUAGCUAUUUCACUGUUGAUUGCAGCAAUACUUAUCAGGAUUUUAAAUGGUUGUUGAUGUCGUUGUGCCUUCCAAGAUGAUCUUUUUGCACCCAGUGAAGUCAAAGCCCAAAGUGUGCCCUUUCUUGUUCGCAUGUCACUUUACUUCUGUUCAGCUGCAUUCAAUGUAUAAAAAACAUGGAUGUUGCCUUACUUUGUUCAGUUACAGCAUGCAACAUCUUAGGAGUUUAAACUCAAAGACAAAGAGAAAGAACAAAAACAAGCAGGAAUUUGGAGGAUUGUAUCUCACAAACACAGAGACACACACACACACACACACACACGCACACACACACCCACACACACACACACACACACACAGCUGGCUGGCAGACGGCUGCACCAGAUUAGGUCAGAUUUAAUUAGGUUGCCCUGCUCCGUUUGGAGUGUCGCUUCUCGUUGAAAAAGCCAUUUUUAAAGCAAACCCACUCCAAUGACAGAUUCCAUCCCAUCCUGUUUCAGAAAAUCCAACAAAGCCUCAGGGGUCCUCACACAAAACACAUCUAUUUUGGUUUGGAAAAAAAUAUUUUUUGCAUUAAUGUAGUUUAUUACAAUCUAAUGGAGCUCACAUUGUAACUUAGAGAUGCAAAGGUUUGACAGCAACACAAUGCACCAUGCAGACGGUAGUUGUUGUAAAAACUUGAAAAUGCACACAACUUACUGCAUGCUUCACAACUUUACAAUAUAUGUAAAUGGGAUUUUUUCAGGAUCUUAAAACAGGUCUUAUUGCAGCAGAAGUUCAAGAAACACAUCCAGACUUCAAUAUUUUUCUCUUUUUAUGGUGGUUUUGCAACAGCAUAUACCAAGCAGAUAGUUAAAAGCAAUACUUUAAACCAAACAGUAUUCUUUAAAACAUGUUCUGCCUUUUGUGUCAAUAUUGAUCUUAUCUUGCUUUCAUGAAAUGAAUGUAUUUAUUGCAUGUCAAAAUGUUUUAUAGCUAUUUUCAUCUUUUUUUUUUUGUAAAUUUAAUUGUGGGUUUUUGCAAGAAAUUCAUGUUAUGAUUGAUAAUUUCUUGUUGAUAAGGCUUUUAUUUUAAAAGUCAAUGUGAAAAAUGUUUUGUUUUGCAAGUAUACUCCAAAUCAACUUGGCAAUAAAACAAAUUGCAUAAUGGA